CCUGAUAGAACCAUCGCUCAUAGCUCCAUAGCGGUGACCUUACCUCUCAUCCGCAACUGUAGGAUUUGCUCGCUUUGACGUUCUUUCAAGCAACUUGACCCGCCUUGAGGCCGCUUCACGCUACGCUCCCCCAAUAUUCCUGAAAAUUGCCAUCUCUGCAACUGGUGCAUCUCAGGCGCGCGCUAAACACGCCCUUGGCGACUGCUUCCCAGACUGCCGAAGGGGACUUGAGAUCCACCCAUAUUCCGUGAUCUGCGCCGUUGUAGCUCUGCUUGGUCUCGAGCUAUAUUCAGUAUCAUGGCUGAAGCCGCGGAGCCCAAGUACUCAUUUGGAGACGGCGAUGUUGUCUUUGAGGUCGAGUCUACGCCCUACCGAAUUCAUUCAUUCCACCUGCAACGAGCUACGCGCUACUUCGACAGGGACAUCCAGGAGAGAAACGAGGGCGAUACUAAGCCCAUCAUCCUAGAAGACGCCAAGCGCGCGGACUUCGAAAACCUCCUCUGGUUCUUCUACGAGUCCUCGUAUCAAUGGCACGGCCUCGUAGACGACUCACUUAAAGAUCAGUGGGAAUCGGCCCUGCUCCUCGCAGACAAAUUCGAGAUGCGGCAGGUGGCGAUUGUCGCGAGCCACGCUCUCGACUGCGCUAAGGCGUUAUCCGACAUUGGCAAAAUUCUCCUGUGUAUCAAGCAUGUCCGAGGCAAGGAAUGGGUUAUGGAAGAACUCAUACGAGUCGUCGAACGAGAGCAGCCUCUCACCCACGAGGAAUCCUGCCAGAUCGGACCUCGCGCUUCAAUUGCACUGGCGGCUGCACGUGAACAUUACCAUAGGUUGGAGUAUAUGCCCAUCCCAUGCCAGUAUCCUGGACUCUGCCCGCGAGGUCAUAAUUAUGCUGUUCAAAGGACGAUUCGUUGCGUACGCGGUAUGCAUGUGUGCGGCGAAUCGGGCCAUAUCGCAACCGAGUGCCCCGCUGUGGCCAGCGUCACAGCACGCCAAUCAGUGCAGGAUUACGUCCUGAUAGAGAACGAACUUUUUUCCCCUCUUCCCAACGGAAAUGAUUUGCAUGCCAGUGAAGCCUUGGGUCCAGGACAAGGCGAUGCCGUCUUCAAGAUAGGAAACUCGCAAUAUCGCCUGCAUUCAUACCACCUUAAAAGAGCAUCGAGGGUGUUUGCGGACAUGUAUCUCCUGCCGCAAUCGACCAGUGAGGGCGCAGUCUCAGGCGAACCCGUGGCAGACACUGCGAUCACUCUCGACGUGAAGGCCGAAGACUUCGAAAACCUGAUUUGGUUCUUCUACCAGUCGCACUAUGAAUGGACGCCAACCAUCCCUGAUGCCCCCGCCACGUCCACAAAAUGGGAGUCUGUGCUCGCGCUCGCCGACAUGUUCGACAUGGAGGAGGUCGCGCGGGUCGCCACAUAUGCAUUGGACCGCUGCGGGGUGCUGUCCGACAUGCGUAAAAUCGCGCUCUGCGUUCGGCAUGCGCUCUCGCGCGAGUGGGCACUCGAGGCGCUCAAAAACGUGUGUAGCAGGGCGCAGGCGGUGAGCGUGGAAGAGGCGAAGGGCAUGGGCGCGGAGAUGACGGCGCUAGUUGCGCAGGUGAGGGAAAGAUUUAUCUGCAAUGGGCGAGAGGAAAGUACCCUGGAAGAGAUUGUACGCAAUGUAAUGCUGCAGUAGAUGUGAUGAAGUACAACUUUGGCAGCCGUGUAAGAUGACACAAAAUGGGCGUCUGCCCACUAUCGC